GUAGCAAACUGAAAAAUUCGUAAAGGGAAGUUGUUGCAACGUUGCUCGUCACGAAACUCUUCACGAUAUCCUGAUCGUAAAAUCUCCGGCAAAAUGGCCUCCAAAAUCUUGCGAGUUUCGCCUAUGCUGCUGAAAUUAGCCAAUGGUUCAUCCUUGGUUAAGAAUUCCACGAGGCUUAGGGCUACUUCGGCUGCCCUUAAUUACGAACAAACAUUGGUUAAUGUUCCUCCAACUAAAUUAACUGUGCUGGACAAUGGUUUACGAGUAGCUUCAGAGGACAGUGGUGCCCCUACUGCCACCGUUGGAAUCUGGAUUGAUGCCGGAUCCAGAAACGAAACCGAAGCCAACAAUGGGGUAGCUCACUUUCUGGAGCAUAUGGCAUUCAAGGGCACUGGCAAACGCUCUCAAACAGACUUGGAGCUUGAGAUUGAGAAUAUGGGAGCACACCUGAAUGCUUACACUUCUCGGGAGCAGACUGUCUUCUAUGCUAAAUGCCUGUCUGAAGAUGUUGGUCGCUCCAUCGAAAUUCUGUCCGACAUUCUCCAGAACUCCAAGUUGGGAGAGCCAGAGAUUGAACGUGAACGCGGUGUUAUCUUGAGGGAGAUGCAAGAGGUUGAGACCAACUUGCAAGAAGUGGUUUUUGACCAUCUUCACGCCACUGCCUACCAGGGAACUCCUUUGGGUCGCACAAUUUUGGGCCCAACCAAGAAUAUUCAGUCGCUCUCUCGCAAUGACUUGGUAGAGUACAUCAAGACUCAUUACGGUGCUUCUCGUAUGGUUUUGGCUGCUGCUGGUGGUGUUAAGCACGAUGAUCUCGUCAAGUUAGCCCAAACACAUCUUGGCUCUUUGUCUACUUCCUUGGAUAGUAAAGCUGCUCUGCCAACCCACUGCCGAUUUACAGGAUCGGAAAUUCGGGUUCGUGACGAUGACAUGCCAUUCGCUCACAUUGCCAUCGCCGUUGAGGGCUGUGGCUGGACCAACCCCGACAACUUCCCCUUGAUGGUUGCCAACACGAUCAUCGGCUCGUGGGAUCGCUCUCAAGGUGGUGGUGCUAAUUUGGCCUCCAAUCUUGCAAGCUAUUCUGCUCAGGCAAACUUGUGCCACUCUUUCCAGUCUUUUAACACUUGCUACAAGGACACUGGUUUGUGGGGCAUCUAUUACGUUUGCGAACCCAUGAAAUGCGAAUCAAUGCUUUUCAACAUUCAAAGCGAGUGGAUGAGGCUGUGUACAGCUCCAACCCCGACUGAAGUGGAGCGUGCCAAGAACCUCCUCAAGACUUCGAUGUUGCUGCAGCUGGACGGAACAACACCCGUCUGCGAAGACGUAGGUCGCCAGAUGCUCUGCUACGGCCGUCGUCUCCCCCUCCACGAACUUGAGGCCCGUAUUGAUGCCAUCACCCCGGCUGACGUUGGAGACGCAUGCAACAAAUACAUUUAUGACCAGUGCCCAGCCGUGGCUGCUGUCGGUCCCAUUGAAAACCUUCCCGAUUACAACCGCAUCCGCUCGUCCAUGUAUUGGCUUCGAGUAUAAAUUAGUAUCGAAGAGAGAGAAGGAGAAGAAAAAUACAGCUUCGUCGUAGUGGAAAAUUUUCCCCCAGUUUGAAUUAUCAAGAUGUGCUGUUGCUGCUGUAAAUAUAUGGGAUUCAAA